AUACAUAGAACCCUUACUCACACUCCGUAGCUGGGAACUUUAGAAGAUUUUGAAUUUAGGUUUCCGUACUCUCGAAUUUGAAUCGAUUUGAGGAUGGCUGAGCGCGUAGAGAACUCGGAUCCCAAGGGGGAAUCACUGUUAGACAAAAUAGCGGAGAAGAUUCACGGCAGCGACGAUUCAUCGUCGUCGUCGGACUCCGAUUCCGAGAAGAAGCCGGCUUCUCAGUCAUCUGUAAAGGCCAAGAUUUACCGGUUGUUCGGCCGGGACAAACCUGUCCACAAGGUCUUCGGUGGAGGCAAACCUGCUGACAUCUUCUUGUGGAGGAACAAGAAAAUAUCUGCUGCAGUACUUGGUGGGGCAACUGCUGCAUGGGUUCUUUUCGAAUUACUUGACUACCAUUUGCUUACACUGGUCUGCCACAUUUUAAUUCUUGCCCUUGCAGUCUUGUUCUUGUGGUCCAGUGUAACAACCUUUAUACACAAGCGUCCUCCACAUAUACCAGAAGUCCACCUUCCUGAGGAUCCAUUUCUUCAGGUUGCUUCAGCUCUUAGGAUUGAGAUCAAUCAUGCCCUCUCUUUGUUGAGGGAAAUUGCAUCUGGCAGGGAUCUCAAGAAGUUCCUCAUGGUUGUGGCAGGCUUGUGGGUUCUCUCAAUUGUGGGCAGCUUGUGCAACUUUUUGACAUUGUUCUAUAUAUUGUUUGUUCUGCUGCUUACGAUACCCGUUCUGUACGAGAAGUACGACGACAAGAUUGAUGCAUUUGCGGAGAAAGCAAUGACUCAGAUUAAGAAGCAGUAUGCAGUUUUUGAUGCGAAAGUUCUGAGCAAAAUACCCCGAGGACCAUUGAAAGACAAGAAGAGGGCUUAAAGUGUGAAUCAAGGUGUUGGGUAGCUGUGAGUAUGGCAGAAUGUGGUUUUAGUUUUCAAAUAUGUAACGGCACCCUCUUGAUUCUGUGUUCUUCAGCCUGUUCCUCUUGAGUUUCAGAAAUGAUAUUCGUGGUGGAUUCAAUCCGUAGAUUUUAUGAUGUGAUGUAAUAUGCUUUACUAGGAGGAGAUUAUCAGGAAGUUAGGUGUGGGUGCUUUUGGUUUUAUUCUGCCCUUAGGCACACUAUAUAUGUAUGUGGAUUCUUCUUCAGAAUCAUUUGCUGCUCUUGUUUGUUCAUGUUAUGUGAUGAUUAUGGUAGUAAUUUUUUGUUUUA